UCUUAACCAAAAAAAAUGAACAAAAACACACGGAUCGAUAUCCCCUCUUCGUCUUCACCAUCCUUAGCUUCCGCAGACGGUGAGCUCCACGAAGACGACAUCUUCGCAAUCGACAUAACUCACGCGCCUCGUCCUUCUCCGACGCAGCAACAACACCCACCUGCUCGUCACCUUCAAAGAAGCAAAAGCAGUUUGAAAAACGUGGAAGCUUCCGGUAUCCUCGCUGCUCUCCCCGAGCCUUCAGGAGGAAACAGUUACCUCAACCACGUCUUUCACCACAAACCCGCCUCUGUUCUCUCCACUUCAGUCUCCUCCACAGCUUCUUCCUCGUCUUCUUCAGGGGGCGGUGCUUCCGCUCGAACCAUCCCCGCCGCUCCUAAACCGCCUCAAGAACGGCUUCCGUUUACGUCUUCUUUUAUGAACGGAGGAAAGUUUCCUCAGUCGGCUCCGGUUAAAGUUCCGUCGGCGAUGAUGAAUCGUCAUAAGAAGGAGUUUAAGUUGACUGAUGUGGUGGAUGUUGAUGAUGAUGAGGAAGGGGAGAUGCUUCCGCCUCACGAGAUGGUAGCUCGUUCUUUGGCUCAGUCUUCGUUGCUGUCUUGCUCGGUGCUUGAAGGAGCAGGAAGAACACUUAAAGGGAGAGAUCUCCGGCAGGUAAGGAAUGCUGUUUUCAGAAGAACCGGUUUUAUUGAUUGAAUUUCUCAUUUUUUCAUUCUUUGAUUUGUUGUCCCCAAUUGAACCGGUUUUAUUUGGUUUACAGAAACAUUCCAAUGUAUUGUUCAUAUAUGUUGUCUACAUUACACGAUUUGUUGUUUACUUCAUAUUAAUCAGAUUGAUGUGAUUGUUUGCUUCA